CCUUUAAAGCACCUGCCCCACUCGCCGGUGAGCAGUGGUGUGUGAGAGCAGCCAGGACCUCUACCUGCCACUCAGGGGCAGCCCCUGGAGCCAGCUGUGCGGGUCUUACUGAAGCCUCUGCAGAUCGUCUCUCAAAAUUCACUGCUGAAAGCCCAGAACAGGUGCUGCAUAGGAUAAAGGAUCCUCUGAAGGGAGCCCCACCUGGAAACAGGAGCCACCAUGAAGUGCUUCAGCUUCAUUAAAACCAUCAUGAUCAUCUUCAACUUGCUCAUCUUUAUAUGUGGUGCCACCCUGCUAGCUGUGGGCAUCUGGGUGUCUGUCGACGGGGGGUCCUUCCUGAAGAUCUUCGGGUCGCUGUCGAACGAUUUCGCGCAGUUGGUCAACGUGGGCUACUUCCUCAUCGCAGCCGGCGCUGUGCUGCUUGUCCUUGGUUUCCUGGGCUGCUACGGUGCUCAUAAGGAGAGCAGGUGUGCUCUCAUGAUGUUCUUCAUCAUCCUGCUUGUCAUCUUCAUUGCUGAGAUUGCAGCUGCUGUGGUCGUCUUGGUAUACACUAAUUUGGUGAGGCACUGGGAUGGGGCCAGGGAAGAUAGUGGAAGGCCCUGGAAGUGGGCUCUGGCCUGCAGAAGGCCACCUUCUGCACCAGUCCCUAAACACUGGCCUGCCCCCUUUUCCCCACAGGCUGACAAAUUCCUGUCAACAGCGGUAGUGCCUGCCAUCCAGGCAGACUAUGGCUCCAAGUCGGACUUCACCCAAGUGUGGAACAGUACCAUGAAAGGGCUCAAGUGUUGUGGCUUCAACAACUACACGGAUUUCAGCAACUCACCCUACUUUAAAACAUAUAAUGUGUAUCCCCGAUUCUGCUGCUUCAACAAGAGUAAUGGCACAGUGGACACACCUUGCACUGAAGAGAAGGCAGAGAAACUGGAUGUACAGGGCUGCUUCAAACAACUUCUGGAUGAGAUCCAAACCAAUUCAGUUGCUGUGGGAGGUGUGGCAAUCGGAAUUGCAGCCCUGGAGCUGGCUGCCAUGAUUGUGUCCCUGUAUCUGUACUCCAAUAUAAACUAAAGCCUGCUCUACUUCCGCCACUGCUGUGCCAUGGAGAACACAAAAAGAGGCAUCCUGACCCUGCCAAGCGACUGUCAUCAGGGUGCAAACAGAAUCUUGUGGAGCCACUCGGCCUGGCCUGGAAUGGGCCUGCCCUUGCUGCUUUGGGCUUGGAGCUAAAUAAGGCCCAUCCCUUCUAGGCUCAACCUGACUCUUCCCUCCCUAGGCGGGGUUAGGCCUAGGUGUUCCAGGCCAUCGAAGGCAGCCAGUUCUUCCCCUUCCCCGUCCUUUGGCCAAGGAGGGCUCUUGGUGAUCCUGGUGCUGUGCUGGGGGAUGAAAGGAAGGCACCUGGUGGCUGGGGCAUUUUGCCAAUCAGCAGAGCUAUGGGACGGAUGUGGAGAAGACUCUUCAGAACUCAUAAACCCACUAAACCCUU